AUGCUUCCUGGAAGACGUCGCCUUCAGCAGGGUCGCCGCGACGACGCCUCGUCAAGCUCAACACCGGGCCGCCGUGACCCGCCCUCGUCAGCCGCCCUCGCCGCCCUUCCCCGUACAAAGCGCAGGCAUAACCUCAAGACGGAGAAGUUGGACGAGCAUGUGCGCGAGUCAUUGUCGCUCAUAGGGCGGGCGACGUUUGAGCUGAACGAGACGCUGCAGACGGCAAGGUCCAACCUGGAAGGUUUGAGCGAAAACAAGGAGGAAGAAAGGGCGCGGAUGCAGAAAAAGGUCACGAAGCUCGAGCUAUUGGCCAAGUCUCUGACGACGGAGGCGGAGCAGUCGGUCAGGCAACUGGUGGACCUCAAAGCCGGGGUGGCGGACGAGCGGGAAGUGCUCCGCGCCACCCACGAUGCAACGUCGACUGUUGCGAGGACGCGGCAGCAGGAGCGGAUGCGGCGGGAGCAAAGGCAGCAGGAACUCGCCGAGGCGGGCGAGGCCGACGAGGAUGGUAGGGACGUCUUGGCUGAGCCGCUGUUCCACCCGUCGACGGACAUGAUUAGGGAGUUGAGGGAACAAAAGGCGAGUGACUACGAGAGCAUGGCUGCGUAUCAACGAUACAGCUUGAACAACGACUACAUCGAGUUCAAGAGGCAGUGGCACAUGGGCUUGCAUGGCGCAGAUGCCAUCGUUCCCGACGCCAAGAGGUGGUUCACGCACGCUGGCGAACCUGUGUUCAACUACGGCACCUCGGGGGAGAACGGUGGCGACGAGGACGAGGAAAUGGCGGACGGGGACGACGACAUCGUCAUCGAGAGGCAAAAGGUGAGCACGCGGUGCCCGCUUUCGCUGCAGGAGAUGAGGGAACCCUACACCAACUCCCGAUGCAAGCACACGUUUGAAAAGGACGCUAUUCUCGAGUUUUUGGUGGUGCCCAGCGUGUGCGGUGCCCGCAAGCCGGUUGUAACAUGGACAUUUCAAAACGAGACCUCCACCCUGACCGGGCAAUGCUAG